UGAUCUCCUUCUCUCGGCUUCCGUAUUCGGAACAUGCUGCACGGAAACAUUCUGUGAGGGAUUUGGUACGCUUUGACGAGGAUGUUAAACCUACGUAAUAUGAUUAGGGGGGUUUGCAGUCUUCCUAAACAUGUAAAAUGUAUGCCAAAUUUAAACCAGCUUCGGGCGUUUGUUUACAAAGGACCCCAGCAACAGCAUGAGACUUUCUACGAGUUUCGCACUUACUCCAUCAAGCCAGAGAAUAACGCCGACUUCCUCAAACUGACAGAAGAGAAGAUUCACCUUCGCAUGGCUCUUGCAGGGCUCGUGGGCUACUGGAGCGUGAAUUGUGGAGCCCUCAACCAAGUACUACAAAUCUGGAAGUAUGACAGCUACGCCCAGAGAUCAGAGGCACGGGAAGCCCUGGCUCAGAACCCCGAAUGGAUGGAGGGGUACAUCUCCAAGGCCAUACCCAUGCUGGCAUCCCAGGAAAAUGAGGUCGCCUACCUGGUGCCCUGGUGCAGUAUCGCCAAGCCACCCAAGAAAGGUGUGUAUGAGCUGGCAACGUUCCAGAUGAAGCCUGGCGGGCCCGCGGUGUGGGGCUCUGCCUUCCAGGUGUCUGUCAACGUUCACGCCAGCUCAGGCUACUCUCACCUGGUGGGGGUCUUCCACAGCGAGUUCGGACAGCUCAACCAAGUUCACGUGCUGUGGUGGUUUGAGGACCCGGAUUUGCGGGCGGCGAUUCGACACAAGGCUCACGGGGAUGCCAGAGUGGUGGCAGCAGUGAGAGAGAGUGUGAAGUAUCUGGACUCCCAGAGGAGCAAGCUCCUGCUGCCCACUUCCUUCUCCCCACUGCAAUGAGCGUCCGGCCUGGGGAGUGGCAGCUACAGUCAGCUCUGAGCACCUCAGGCACUGAUCCAGCUCCAUGUGUUCUGGGUUUUUUGCACUUGUUUUCCAUACGGAGAAUGUGGUUUGCCACUGAGUUAUUAGCUUGACCACGUCAAGUAAAUCAAAGGUAAUGUAACCCUUGAAGUCUUAAGACUCUAAAAAUUGAAGUGUGAUCAUAGUCUGUUAUGCGAUAUGGAUCAAACGGUAAUAAAAUACACUCCUGCGAUGUUCAGUCGUUAUCUAGUGACACUUAAGGUAAAGUCUGAAGCAUCCACCUUAGUUUAAAGAUUCACAGACUGUGAAACAGAGUAACAGAGUUUAUCUGACUCAAUUAACACAGAAUGCAAUCAAUUUGGCCACUGUGUAGAGCAAAGUUCACUGACUCAUACACACUACAGUGGACCUCAUGAACCACGUGUGCUCUAGACAAACUAACACACAACUACAAGCUUGACAUGAAGUGAACCCAGUUGUCUCUGUGCUCAUCAUUACGCUACCACAUCUUGCAAGGUCAGUAAACCAUUAGAAUUAUUUAAACAAUCAGGUCUGGUAGGUACCUUCAUAAGGAAAUGGUUUUGUGCUAAAAAAAAAAAAAAGAGAAAAAAAAAAAAAAGGUGGCCACAUUUGACAUUAUACAGUUGUGCACGUGGCUGUUUGUCUUGCGUUAUUCAAAUGAACAUUUCUGAAAAUAAAACCUGCUUGGUGUAUUGGGUACA